UUACAUUUGGCCAACUCACCUCCGAGGGCACAGAGGGUCCUCCCAAGGACCUCCUACUCCGAGAUUUGACGCGCUGCACCGUUUCCCUCCUCUCUCCGCUCCACUUCCUCCGUUGUGAGAAUUUGAGGGACUGCAAGCUCUUGUGCGGCCCGGUGGCGGGUCCCGUCUACCUGCAGGACUGUAUCGGCUGUACCCUGUACGUGGCUAGCCGACAGCUCCGCAUCCAUCGAACAUACGACACCACCUUGUACGUGCACACCGUCGCCGGGCCCAUCAUCGAGGACUGCGACCGCCUGUGUUUUGGUCCUUGGGCAUUGGCCUACCCGGGGAGGGAGGAGCAAGUGGAGGAGGCGGGUUUGGGCGGCACGGAGAACGCCUGGCGCGAGGUCAAGGACUUCAAGUGGCUGCGCGCGCAGGCUUCCCCGCAUUGGCAGGUCCUUCCGCAGGAGGCGUGGGUCAGGG